AACUUCGAAGGUUAUUCUCGACACUGACAGACUGCAGUACACAAGACGAAGAAAAGGCGAACACAGGAAGAAUGCAAACAGAAAAGUAGAUCAUUAUAAUAUUACAUUUAAUCACAACAGCCUAUGUAAAACAGUAAGGUGUGUUCACUGAUUAAUAGUACCAAGGUAGUGAAAUUGUGAACGUCUUAGUAAUAACAAUGGGUCGAAAAGUGACUCUUGCAACUUGCUCGUUGAAUCAGUGGGCUUUGGACUUUGACGGCAACUUGGAGAGGAUACUGAAAAGCAUUGAACUUGCCAAAGCAAGUGGAGCCAAAUACAGACUGGGGCCUGAACUGGAAAUCUGCGGCUAUGGUUGUGCAGACCACUUCUAUGAAUCGGACACAUUGCUCCACUGUUUCGAAGUUCUGAAGAAGCUUCUGGAAUCUCCCAUCACCAAGGACAUCAUCUGUGAUGUUGGGAUGCCCAUCAUGCAUCAUAAUGUACGAUACAACUGCCGGGUGAUUUUCCUCAACAGACAGAUCCUAUUGAUUCGGCCAAAGAUGCUGAUGGCCAACCAUGGCAACUACAGAGAGAUGCGCUGGUUCUCACCAUGGACAAAGUUUAGGAAAGUAGAGGAGUACUUCCUGCCCCGAAUGAUCCAGCUUGUCACAGGGCAGGAUACAGUCUCAUUUGGAGAUUGUGUGCUCUCAACGAAGGAUACAUGUAUUGGUACAGAGAUGUGCGAAGAGCUGUGGCACCCUACAAGCCCUCAUAUUCAGAUGGGUCUUGAUGGGGUUGAAAUCUUUACGAAUUCCUCUGCGAGCCACCAUGUGCUCCGAAAAGCUGGUCAAAGGAUCAACUUGAUCAAGUCUGCCACCACCAAGAGUGGAGGAAUUUACCUGUAUGCAAAUCAGAGGGGAUGCGAUGGAGACCGACUGUAUUAUGACGGUUGUGCCAUGGUGGCCAUCAACGGGGACAUUGUGGCACACGGAGCACAGUUCUCUUUGAACGAUGUGGAAGUGAUUACUGCCACUUUGGACCUUGAGGAUGUACGCUGCUACAGAGGAGAGUCCUGUCAGCUGCAGAUGGGAAGUGACUUUAAACCAUCCCAUAGGAUCAAAGUAGAUUUUUCUCUAUCCAGCUAUGAUGAUGUCUGGCUUGCUUCCCACCAACCAAUCACAUGGAACUUCCAUACUCCAGAGGAAGAGAUCAGUCUUGGGCCGGCCUGCUGGCUGUGGGACUACCUAAGGAGGAGUGGACAGGCUGGCUUUCUGUUACCGCUAAGUGGUGGUGUUGACAGCUCUUCAACCGCCUGUAUUGUCUACUCCAUGUGCGUGCUGGUCUGCAAAGCUAUAGGAAACAGCAACCAGCAGGUACUGGAAGAUGUUCGUAGGAUAGUUGGAGAGGAAUCCUACGUCCCUCAGCAGCCAAGGGAGCUUUGUGGUCGUAUCUUUACGACCUGCUACAUGGCCAGUGAAAACUCAUCACAGGACACUUGCGGACGUGCCAAAGAGUUGGCCAAUCAGAUCGGCAGCACACAUAUGAACAUUAAUAUCGACAUGGCAGUUCAAGGCAUUCUGGGUAUCUUCUCGAUUGUUACUGGGAGGUGGCCUAAGUUUCGUGCUAAUGGAGGAAGCCACAGAGAAAACUUGGCACUGCAGAAUGUACAGGCUCGGAUAAGGAUGGUUCUGGCCUACUUAUUUUCUCAGCUGAGUCUGUGGACUCGAGGAAAACCAGGUGGCUUACUGGUGCUCGGCUCAGCCAAUGUUGAUGAAAGUCUAACAGGGUAUUUUACAAAGUAUGACUGCUCCAGUGCUGACAUCAAUCCGAUUGGAGGCAUUAGCAAGAAUGACCUAAAGGCCUUCUUACUUUACUGUGUUGACCAUUUCCAGCUCAGCGCUCUGAAAAGAAUAGUAGCUGCUCCACCCACGGCUGAACUAGAACCUCUGACUGAUGGACAGGUGGCACAGACAGACGAGGCCGACAUGGGGAUGACCUACUCUGAGCUCUCAGUCAUUGGUGGACUAAGGAAGAUCUCUAAAUGUGGACCUUUUAGUAUGUUCUGUAAACUUAUUCACAUGUGGAAGGAUGUGCUCUCACCGACAGAGGUUGCACAGAAGGUUAAGCACUUCUUCAGGAUGUAUUCUUUCAACCGCCACAAGAUGACGUCGAUCACUCCGUCCUACCACGCUGAGAGCUACAGCCCUGAUGACAACCGAUUUGACCUCAGACCGUUCCUGUACAACACACGCUGGGACUGGCAGUUUCGGUCUAUUGACAGUCAGGUGUCCAAGAUGGCAGCCAACAUGCCAAAGUAAUAAGGCGUUGUCAAUGUCCAGUUCAAAUGUCUGCCGGUAAAAAAAAAAUCACAUUUUAUCUGGCAUAAUGAUGGAGAAAGAUAAGGUCUUAAAUUGUUUCAUCUUAUAAUAAAUACUAC